GGUUCUACGCCAACCGACGACUUGGUCGAUGGAGAGCCGGAGCCUUUUAAAUUUUCGAACGUCUUCCGUCGUCGCAAGAACGAAGACUUGGAUGCAAUAGCUACGAAACGAUCCGUCUUUGAUGACCCGGAGUUGGCCCCGCAUUACUGGCCAAAGAAGGAGUACGAGAAUAUACAUCGGUUUGACCCCAAUGCACGGUGGACGUUUGCUGAGGAGAAGGCAUUGGUCCGGAAGAUUGAUUGGAAGGUCAUGCUUUGGGCUGCCAUCAGCUUCUCAGCUUUGAACCUGGAUCGGAAUAACCUCACUCAAGCGAAUACUGAUAACUUUCUGCCUGAUCUCGGCUUAACCACCGAUGAUUACAACUGGGGAAAUUCGAUAUUCAAGUUGGCCUUUCUCUGUGCAGAACUACCCUCACAACUUGUUUCAAAGCGGGUUGGACCGGAUCGUUGGAUUCCGACACAGAUGGUUCUGUGGUCUAUCGUGACAAUGGCGCAAUUUUGGCUGAGUGGCAGGACAUCGUUUUUACUAUGCCGGGCAUUGCUAGGGUGGUUCAUCCAGGGCGGGUUUAUCCCCGACCUCAUUCUCUACUUGUCAUACUUUUACACGAAGAACGAACUUCCCUUUCGUUUGGCCCUCUUUUGGAUGUCCUCCAAUGUGUGCACUAUCAUCGGCAGUUUCAUAGCCUUCGGUGUUCUUCACAUGAGAGGUGUCCUGGGAAGGGCCGGUUGGAGAUGGCUGUUCCUCUUUGAAGGCCUGAUCACCCUGGUCAUCGGGACAGCCACGUUUUUUAGAAUGCCCCCUUCUCCUACGCAGACGAAGUCAUGGUUCCGUCCCAAAGGAUGGUUUAACGAAAGAGAAGAGACGAUUGCUGUGACCCGCAUUCUUCGGGAUGAUCCUACGAAGGGUGACAUGCAUAACCGCGAAGGGUUGACGCUCAAACGUCUCUGGAUUGCAGUUUGUGAUUAUGAUUUAUGGCCGGUAUAUUUCAUAGGCUUAAUGUUCGGUAUCCCCACUUCCCCGCCGAGCAGUUAUCUUACUUUAUCUCUCCGUAAUAUUGGGUUCAAUACGUUCCAGUCUAACCUGCUCACAAUUCCGUCCACUGUCGCGGGCAUGAUAACUAAUUUCGGUAUUACACUGGUUUCCGAAACAGUUAAUGAUCGCUCGUUUGUGGCGAUGGCUGAAGAUUUUUGGAUACUUCCCUUCCUUGUGGCAAUAUACUGUCUUCCAGACUCGCCGAACCAAUGGUUGUACUUUGGGCUGGCAUCGGGCCUAUUAUCGUAUCCGUACGUCAGAAUGUUUCCGUGGGGCUGGUGUUCCCGAAACUCUGGUGCAGUAGCUAGCAGGACUGUCAACGCAUCACUGUACAACAUGUUCGUUCAAGCAUCAGGAAUCAUAUCGGCGCAGAUCUACCGUAAAGAUGAUGCGCCGAACUACCGUCGUGGAAACAAAAUCUUGAUUACCAUCUGCUGCUUCAACAUGCUCAUCAUGUAUCCGGGGACGAAAGCUUAUUACAUCUAUCGCAACCGUCAACGAGAUAGAAUCUGGAAUGCGAUGUCGUUGGAGGAGAGAAAACAUUAUCUUGAAACCACCACCGAUAUAGGGAAUAGGCGACUCGACUUUAGAUUUGCACACUAGAAUUCGACAGAGGGGUCUUCAUUGCUACGUUUACCACUUACCACCGGGCCCCGGGGACACCUUUGAGCAACUGUUCUUGACAUACUGGGAUAAGCUCGGGUUUUUUACUAGACAUUAAGCAUGGCCACUGUGGAGCUCUCGCAGCACUCGCAGCACGAAUACAAAGGUUUUUCUUUUGGGCCUCGCAACGCGCGCCACCGUGCUCCCGGGCCGUCGGUAUUUGAAGCUUUUAAGGGAACCCUAACCCUGGGAAGGUGCUGCGACAGCCUUGAUUCAAAAAUAGCCACAAUGCCGGACUAUCACCGGCAAAAAUUUUGAACAAUGGAAACAAUGGGUGGCAACGUUAACGUCAACGGGCUUGUACUUA